AUGCAGGUACCAAUCUUGCAAACACAGUCAACACGGGUGAUUAAAGAAAGCAAACAGCAGGAGAAGAAAAGGCCAAACAGAUGCAACGCAGGUGGAGCAGCAUGUCCUCACCCCGAAGAGCUAGCCCAAGUGGCUCCUCAGGAGCUUUUCGCAGAGCAACUUCAACUGCCCCAAGACUUUUGCCAAGAUAUGGAAAAAUACAACAAACUGCUGGUUGAUAAUUUUGGUGAUGCAGAUUGCUUUGGGUCGAACAAGUCUUUUCUCCACGUUGAGGAGCUGGAGGCAGCACAGCAGCAGUUCAUGGCCAACCUGGAGGCACUGCCCACCAGCAGCACCAACAGGCCAAAUCCAGGAGGGACAGUUGGAAAGAAGCUGCGCGCUGCAGCUCUCGUCAAAGCAGAGGAAUGGCUGCUGCAGCCCCCGCCAAAUGCGCCACAAGGCGCCGUCAAGGCCCUCUGGAAGGAGGUCGUGGAUGAGCUGCGGUUCCUAUCAGCAGACUGGAAGUGCAGUGAAGAGGAUGCCAUCCACUGGCGCAACAGGUUCCUGAGGGCCAUUCUUGCAGGUCACAAACGUUGCAAUCUCAAGGCCCCUGUGCAAGUCGAUGUACCACAGAAUCCCAACUGCCAAGGCCCUGAAUUGUGGCUGCCCGCUGAAUGCUGGAAGGCAGCAGCGCAUGUGAUAGGAGGGGAAUGGCCAUGCGAUGAAGCAGCAAGCAAUCUGGACUCCCCGUCCACCAGCCCCAAGGAACGUCAAUCAUUGAGCAGGUCAUCGAUUCAGCGGGGAGGAAGAGCAGCGACACAUUGCACGCAUCAAGCUCGCCCGAGCACUUUUGUGCCCAAAGGGACCAUGCGCUGUUGUGAAGAUGACAGAGACCGCACCCGUGACAUCUGCACGUCUGAGCUUGCCCCCAAACCAGCAGGCCCGACGCCGCCCAUCAUAAUGUUGCAGCCGUUUUCAGCAACACCGUAUCUCCUAACAGAAUGGUGGUUUUAUCCCAUCAAGAGAUCUCCAAUUCUUUUAGUUGAUCUUGGAAGGAACAGCAGCAGGUUAUCGCCUUCUGCGGAGAGUAGAACCUACAUUCAUGUGGUGUGGGUAAUAUACCGACUGUCCAAAGCGUUUCGGCUGGCAGUUAAUAAGUUGGUAAUGAACAUAGCUUUAUCCCAGGCUGAUGUUCCAGCAUAUGCGUUAGCAGCGCUGCGAAGGAAGUACUGA